GAGCGGGAGGCGUCCCGGGCGCUGAGGCCCUGAGGCCGGGGUACGCGAGGGGCGCCCCGAGGGAGGAUGCGUCGCCCUUUCCUCGGGGGCGAGAGCGGAAACGGCCCAGAGACGUUGCCCGGGUCGCACAGCCGCACCAGACGGCCAGGCCGAGGGGCCAGACUUCCUAGUUCUGCGGGAACUAACCCCUUUCCGCGUCUCCGUGCAGCUUAGCCCUCUAUUUUGUGUUCUGUCUGGAAACGUUGACGCCACGUCCGGUGCUGGGGGCAGAGGACGUCGAGGUGCAUCUGACACUGGCUCUGCCCGAGGGGAGCCUUAGCCGCUGGUCUUAGUCUCGGGUUCUAACUUGAAAGCUCCCCAGAGGCAGGAUUGUUGGCCUCGUCCCUUUCAUCCUCGCCUCCCCUAGCCCAGGAGGAAUGGCUAUUGGGAUUGAGUUUGAAUAGGCCAUCCUAUCACCAGCGGUCGGCAACCUUGGCUACAUGUUGAAAUCACCUGGGUCCCACUCCGAAAUUUCUGAGGUAAUUGCAGGGUUUGGAGCCGUGGAGGUUAAACACGCGUGUGAUCCAGCUCCACUGUGUGUUCAAGCAGCAGAUGCACGGUCAGCUUAAAUCCGACCCAGACGUGGAACUGAGGAAGCAGCAGAUUCAGGUCCCCGUCUCAUUCCCAGGCUCCUCCUGCUCAGUGAGUGGAGGGGCUGAUCAGCCCCGUGCACUGCCUGCGUUUCUCCCUCUUGCACAGGGUCCCUAAAGGACAGUCACCCUUGGACGAUGGCGGAGGCCGUUUUCCGCCCCCCAAAGAGGAAGAGGAGGGUGUACGAGAGCUAUGAGUCCUCGCUGCCCAUCCCCUUCGGCCAGGACCGCGGGCCUCGGAAGGACUGCAGGAUGUUCCGGGCCGAGAUGAGGAACAGCAGUGUGAUUGUGAGGAGUGCGGAAGACGCGGAGCAGCUGUACGGGAGAGGCUAUUUCGGAAAAGGUAUCCUGUCUAGAAGCCGUCCAAACUUCACAAUUUCAGAUCCUAAGCUGGUCGCUAAGUGGAAAGGUGUGAAGACAGACAUGCCUAUAAUCACGUCACAGAGGUACCAGCGUAGUGUGGAAUGGGCCACAAAGCUCCUGCAGAGACAAGGUCGGUAUCAGAGCACAGUGCGUGGAAUCCUCGAGGAUUACACGAAGCCCCUGGAACAUCCUUGUACAAAACAAAGUGAAGAGGUCCAGUUGUAUAAUGAGCUGAACUCUGAAAUGGUUUCCAACAUGCAAGGCACAGCCGAUAGAGAGAGACUUUCUGAGAUGAAUGGGGUUGUGGGAAAGUCAGAGGACCUAGAGGAUCCCAGCAUGCCACCUGACCACCCGCUGAGGGCUUCCAGGCACAACCCGCUGACCGCAGGUGGCCCGGCUGAACCCACGGUGGAGGUCGCUGCCCCUCUGCCCCCCAUCCACUGCGGCAGACAGGAUGCUCCCCUCCCACAGUGUGACACUCAGCCUGAGGACAGCAGCCAAGGAUCGGGUCUCAUCUGUGCCCAAGAGGGAGGGCCUGACCACGAGUACGUGCUGGUGGAGGAAGUCGUGAGUGACGGGGAAGAUGCCCUGGACGGGGAUUUGUCGCAAAAAAGGAGGCUGAUAUGCAGAAGAAAUCCGUAUAGGAUCUCUGAGUACUUGCAGCUCAGCCUGGAAGAGGUAUGUUGCCAGCGUGUUAUCUUCUCUGCUGUUGGCCCCCCCAGCCCGGGCCGCCACCACACAGAUGAGUCCACCUCGAAGUGCAGUUCUGAACACAGUUCAGCUUUCUUCCUGGUCUACGCUCUUGGGUGUCUGAGUGUUUACUAUGAGAAGGAGCCUUUAACGAUUGCGAAACUCUGGAAAGCCUUCACCGCAGUUCAGCCCGCGUUCAGGACUACGUACAUGGCCUACCAUUACUUCCGAAGCAAGGGCUGGGUGCCCAAAGUGGGACUUAAGUACGGGACAGAUUUACUGUUGUAUCGAAAAGGCCCUCCGUUUUACCAUGCCAGUUACUCCGUCAUCGUCGAGCUAGUCGACCACCGUUUCGAGGGCUGUCCUCGCAGGCCUUUCAGUUGGAAGUCACUGGCCGCCUUGAGCAGAGUUUCCGUUAACGUCUCCAAGGAGCUCAUGCUGUGCUAUUUGAUUAAACCCUCCACCAUGACUGAGAAAGAAAUGGAGUCACCAGAAUGUAUGAAACAAAUUAAAGUUCAGGAAGUGAUUCUAAGCCGCUGGGUUUCUUCACGGGAGAGGAGCGACCAAGACGAACUCUGACAGCUGCACCUCAGUGUCCGAUUUCCCCACCAAAUGCUUAGUCUCCUCCGAUAGGCCCAGUGCAGGGCGAGGUAAAGCGUCCUUUGUAAUCGCCAUUGAUUUAGAAGUUUUAAAGGGCCUGGCGCUCCCAGCACUGGAAAAUGUGCUUUAAAAGGUAAAAUUACACGGGAGUCGGGGGAAGAGCCCUGUGCCGGGACUCCUGGUCCUGCCCUCGCAUCGGUUCCUGACGCGCUGGCCCUGAGCUUCUCGCCGCUGGGCCUCGUCCCCUCCGUGGGGGUGCUGGACCAGGUGCGUCCCAGGAGGGCUCUCCCAGCACCAGGGAGCUCCUGUUCCUCUCUGACUUGACCUGAGCAUGAUCGUCAUUCACCUUUACUCUGCCCUCUGCAGUUUCCAGUGCGCCUCUGGGCACAGGCCUCUCCUGUUCCCCACGUCCAGCCUGUCCUGGAAGAGGGCCAGCCAGGUCUGGACAUUGCAGGGCCCUGUGUUCCAUUAUUUUCAACAGAAAAAGUGAUAGUGUGUCUCAGAUUGUCCAGGGACUUCAACCAGCUACUCAGACACGGAAAAAUCUGUUUACUGUCUACCAAGGAUUUCUGUAUCACAGGAAACAUAUAAAAACCACAAUUACCUAAUUAUUUAAUUCCCAGUGAACUCAUUGGUGGGCACGUUGUGUGGAGUGCACACAGUAUUUAUUGUUCAGUAUUAGAUAAGAAUUGUAUCUCGCUUCACUGAACUUGUUACAAAACGAUGUGGUGAAAUGAUGUAUGAAGAUGCGUCGUGAAUGCAGUUAGCACUUGGUAAAGCACAAUAAACAGCCCUUCUUAAAUCA